GUUGGAAAGGUCAGCGUGGAAUGGUUGGCUGGUGAGAAGACAAAAGUUUCUGGGACAUUUCCACCUCGUAAACGUGGUUGGACUGGAUAUGUUGAGAAGGACACCGCUGGCCAGACGAACAUAUAUUCUGUUGAGCCUGCAGUUUAUGUAGCAGAAAGUGUAAUAAGUUCAGGAAGUGCAGGGUCUUCAUCCAAUGGAGCGGAGAACACAGCAGCAAUCGCUGCUGGGCUUGCACUCAUCUCCGUUGCUGCAGCUUCAUCAAUACUCCUCCAAGUAGGUAAGAACCCACCUGCGGUGCAGAAGGUAGAAUACUCUGGGCCAUCACUUAGUUACUAUAUCAACAAGUUCAAGCCACAAGAGAUAAUCCAAGCCUCAGUGCCAAGUGUGGUUGAAUCUUCCCAGCUAGAAAGCUCUGCGCCAGAACCUUCCCAGAUUCAGGUUGAAUCAGAGGUUCAGCUGGAACCUUCUGCUAACCGUGUCGGCAAUAUCUCUUAGGCAGUAAACUUGGUGUAAUUUCUGAAGUGUAAAAUUUACUAAAAGUUUUUCUUGCACUCAAUGUAUCUGAUUAAUUAUUAGGAUGUAUGUGAUGAUACAUCUUCAACAACAAAAUGGUAUAUCACAAUACAGAAGAUGGAAACAUGAUUUUGU